GGGGGCUGCUGCGGGGGCUGCUGCGGGCAGCUGGGGCCGAGGCGGACACAGUGCCGCCGCUGCCUCGCGGAGGCCGCGUUAGCCCCCGCGGGAGGCCUGCGGGGAGGCAGCGGGCGAUCGGGACGGGGUUAAGGUGGCUGACCUCUGCAGGACCGUGUCCCGCCUAGGAAUCGCCCGCUUGCUGUUAAGCUUAAAAGAAAGUUACUGCCGUAUGCUUUUAUGGUGUCCAAGCUCACCUGUUGAUGCUUCCUUUGUAACUUCAUGGUAAAACAGCUUCUGCAAGUAUCAAUUUGAUUACCAGAUCGUCUGGAUCCAGAGAUCGCUUUUACUAAAAUGUGGACUGCCAAAAAGCUUUUUAGUGCUCAAAUACUGUUGCUCCAGGUGAAAGAAGGCCGAUUGUGUAGUUGCAUGUUUCCCAAAACUCAGCAGUUCUGGAUUGGAAUUCCAAGCUAUUGUGCUAUUAGAGUGCCACAUAACAGAGUUAAAUUCCAAGUUUCCAAACUAAAUGAUAAACAAUCAGCAGUUGAUAGAAGAAUGGCUACUAGUGCAGAGGGAACCAAAAUAGCUGUUGGAAAAAGUCCCAGUGGAGUAUGUGAUGAAAGACAACAUACAUUACAAGCCCAAAUGAAACACAUCAACCUGUCCUUUGCAGCUUGUGGCUUUCUGGGCAUUUACCACUUGGGGGCAGCAGCUGCUUUUCACAGGCAUGGUAAGAAGUUACUGAGAGAUGUGAAAGCUUUUGCGGGAGCUUCUGCGGGAUCUCUGACUGCCGCUGUCUUGUUAGCAGUGCCAGAAAAUAUAGAGAAAUGUAAGCACUUUGCCUAUGGAUUUGCAGAGGAAGUCAGAAGAUUGAACUUUGGUGCUGUAACACCUGGUUAUGAUUUUAUGAAAACACUUAGGGAGGGCAUAGAGUCUAUUCUUCCUUCUGAUGUUCAUGAGAUAGCUGAGAACCGGCUCUAUGUGUCAGUCACUAACUCAAAGAGUGGGGAAAAUCACUUGGUUUCAAAUUUUGCCUCCAGGGAGGAUCUCAUUAAGGUUCUGCUAGCAAGUAGUUUUAUACCAGUGUAUGCAGGAAUUAAGCCUGUGGAAUUUAAAGGACAGCAAGAACAGUUUCAUACACCGAUGCCCUCUAAGAUCUGCACAUCCUUGUACCUGUGCUGCAUCAUUUGCAUAAUGGAGCUUUCCUGUGAGGUUUCUGUUUGCUCUGCAAAGAGAUCUAACCCAGGAAUCAACAACUUUUCUGCUCACUGCUGGACCUUGCCUGGCGCUCAGGUUUAAUGUGGUUUUCCUGACUUGUUUCAGAAACAUCAAAAAACUGAAUGGGCACUCCCAAGGAAAUAAAACCCUGGCUGGGUUAUGAAUUAUGCCACCUCUGAUGUUCAGCUCUAGACCUAAGAAGUUAGAUAUUUUAACAUAGCUUGGCAUUUUAACUUUCCCUACAGCACUAACAAGAGAGUCUUUAGACAAAAGUAAUUCUCAAAAAUUUUGGGGUAGGUACUUUGGUAUCUCUUUCCUGACUAUGACUUUCAUUAUACUAUGAAGCUUGAACUUUCUUUCUAUGGUAAGGAUGAUAAGUUUUUGGAUUUAGAGAUUUUCAAUGAACUUUCUGUGAUGGUGCCUGGCCUGAAAAAAGAUGGAGAUGUUCAAAAAAGUUUCAGAAAUUACAAUUUCAGAAUUCACAAAAAUUCUAUUCAGAUGCAUAUAUUUAGAUUUAUGGUUUAAAUGUUUGUGUUUCAUCCUAUUGCAGCAAAAUAUUUAUGAAGAUUCAAUGCUAGAACCUUUGUUCUGGCUUUAUUUUGCUUGAAUUGGAUGUACAGUUCCUCCUUCUUUAUCCACACUCAGCAUAACUACCUGUCUGGGAAACCUCAAAAAUGACUCACAGCUAACCAAAGAAACCACGAAUGAAUGUAAAAUACAGGAUGGUGUGUGGAGAAUUAAAAAGGUGCACCAUAAGUCCUAACUGAAUGCCUAAAGUACCUUGAUGUAGAUGGAACAUUUCUAUAUAUUUUAGAGGUAGAAAUAAUUACAAUUUAUCUGCUUGACAUUUUCUCAGUCAGUUUUAUUCAUGCAUUUUUACUCUGAGUAAGUCGCAUUAGUCUUCAUAUAAAUGUGCUGGCUCUAAAAUGAAGUGUUAGGAGAAGUUACCAUCCAGGACUUCUCCUUGAUUACUUACUAACUAGCUAAUUUUUUUCUCUGUUUACUUACUUACUUAUUUUUGCUUAAAGCUUCAUAGUGUUUAAAUGCUGGGCUUUGUAUUGUAGUAUCACCAAAAGUACCAAAUCCCCCAGCUGACAAGUGGCAAAAUGUAUAGGCACAAGAGUCAAACUUCCAGUGGUUCGCAGUCUGGGCAAUAUAGCAAAUAUAUAUAUUUAUUUUCCUAUGUCAUUCACAAAAAUUUGCUUAGCUAUUAAGUACUAUGGUUUUCAGCCCAUAUUUCUCAGUUGUUUCUUUCUUUUCAUUUAUCAUAAUAUAUAGUGACAUAAUUAGUUUGACAAAAUACUGUAUAUAUAUAAGAUAAAUAUGAGACUUUGGACAUGUAUUUUUCUAUUAAAAAGCUUGUUAAUUUUGCUGGUCAUACCAGUAUGGCUUUGACAUAUAUCACAGCUGCACACAAGGUAACUGUUAUUUUUGUCUUUGCUGCUUUAGUUAAGAAAAUGCAAAACUACUAGGCAUGAAACAAUUUUGUUCCCCAAUUAAGUGUCUUUAACAAUAUUUUCCCCACAGCUUCAUUCUGUCUACCAAGUGCUGAUGUACUUUUUAUGCAUGUAUAGGGCUGAUCAUCUGUUUCUAUGGGAAAAUUCCAUUAGACCAUAAUAACCUCCAGUUAAUUGCACAGCAAAUAUUUAUUUCUCACACAUCAAAUUAAUGAAACAAGUUCAGUGAAAGACCACAUCAGCUUGGAAAACAACACCUAUCAAGCUAUACAAGCCUCUAAAGGCAUUCUUGGCAGAAAUCCUGUAUCCUGAAGAAUUGUGUACCCUUGAGAUUACUGUCACCAUUUAAUUACUAGAUGAUAAUGUUGUUUGUUUAUUGUUGUUUUGUUUUUCACCAAGAACUAUAACAAAAAAUUGGUUUUCUGUGUUUACUAAUGUGCUGUGCCACAGCUAUAGUAGCAUAAUUGAAGAAUGAUAAUUUUCAAGCUUCUAAAACCCCUAUUUAAUCUUAAUUUUCAGUAAGAUUAAUAUUACAUUGAUAUUCAAUAUUCCUUAGAGCGCUUACUCCUCUUCAUAUAUAAAUGUGGAAGGAGCUUUAAUAAUCAGUUUUCAAAUCCCCCACUUUGAUUACUCUACAAUAAUGACAGUCUCUUUCCUGUCUAAGAGCAAUGUGGAUGUUUUUCAUAUGUCUGCAACGAUGAUAGUUUCACAUCCCACACAUUUCUCUGUGUUCCCUUCCCACCAGUGCUAAUACUCCCUGUGCUGUGUUGUGUGAGAAGACAAUGACAUUGUAAGGAACUUCUUGUAGCAACAAAGGACAAUGAUGCAUGAAGUCAUAAAAUCUUUUUAAGCAGUGGAAGCAGGAAGCCUAAAUUGCUCUCUGACUGUUUAAGUCCAUUUUGAUGCUCUAAAAUUUAUACCAUUUUCUUAACAUUAAUUUCUGAGAACCUCAUAAUUAUUUUUGCUUGCACAAGCUUUGCUUUUUAUGCAAUCUACUUCUUCUGAAGCUGACCCAAAAGUAGGUGCAUAGUUUGUAUGACAUAUAACAACUCAUAGUCUAUCCAUUAAUUUACAUUUCAAUUAAUAGAAUUUAAUAUCAAUUACCUGGGCUGACUAGACCUGUUUAUUGAAAUAUAGAGGAAAACAAUGACAUUUUGUUGUUUGCUUUCUUUUUUUUUUUAUGCCUUUAUCCAGGGGCAAUUUGCUUGUUACUUAUUAUGUGAAGCACACAUAGAACUCUGUCCAUGAAGGUGGAAAAUUUAUUCUAAGUUCUCCAUGGCUGUAUAUAAAAAGGUAACCACUUUCACUAGGAGAUAUGGUCAUUAUAAAU